AUGAUUGUUAAAGGGCUUUCACAUAUUCAUCGCAAAGGAAUCGUCCACUGUGACCUCAAGCCGGAGAACAUUCUUGUGUUUCCUUCAUUGGAUAAAGAGAUUGCAAACUAUCAAUUGAAGAUUGCGAAUUUUGGAUUAUCGAAAACCAAAGAGGAGAAAACAGAUGUUGAGUUGUGGAAGUCCAAGCCGAGAGGUAUGCCGUCAUACUUGUCGCCGGAAGCGUUUUCUGGUCAUAUUGAUGCUCCAAUGGAUAUAUGGGCACUUGGUUGCAUAGUGAUUGAAAUGCUCACUGGCCUGCCUGGGUUUGCCUAUGCAAUCAGCGUUGCACCUGAGUGCUUGCCAACAAAACGAACUUGGGGUUCACUACCAUUCUUGUUCCAUGAUGUUACCAUGAUUUACAAUGAUACAAGCCCAUUAACAACAGCUGCUACUUCCGGCCCAAUACAAGAAGCUGAAAGCGAUGAGAAAGCAAUUGGGUCAAAGAAACCGUUAGCUGAGCAGAGAAACAAGCGUGUGAAGAAGCAACCAGCUUGGAUGAAGGACUACAGUGCUUCUAUUCAUCCAAACUGGUUCUUUCUUCACACGCUUGUUUCUCUGCUCAACUAA